AUGGGUAGUAGACGUGCAAAGAAUAAGCAAAAAGAUCCUCCAUCCAUUGAGGAGUUUCAAGCCAGAAAGGAUAAGAAGUUGAAGAGAGAAAGGGAGAAGUCCAAGAAAUCGAUAGCUUCUGAUGAAAACAAUAAAGUGAAGAAACAGAAAACAGACUCACGCUCAAAGCAGAAAGUUAAUGGAGCUCGCUCAAAGACUAAAUCGAAAAAAGCUUCCAAAGAGGAUAAGACCUCAAUAACUGAGGAUUCGGAAGAUUCAGCAUUAGAAAAUUCUCAGACAGAAGAGGUUGAGCAUCGGGAUGAUGGCUUGCCAGAGGUCGACUUGGAAGAGCUUUCUAAAGCUAAAAAGUCACUUUUUGAUGAUGAUGAUGAUGAUCAGGAAGAUGAAGAUGAUGAGUUGAAGGAUGAGUUUGAUCUGGAGCAAGAAUACGAUUACGAAGAAGAUGCUGAUGAGCAACCGGUAUUCUCCGAUGAAGAGGGAAUUGAUCUGGAAGAUCUAAAUGCUGCAAAUAUGGAAGAGCUUUCGAGAAAGUUAGACGAAGAAAACGCAGCCGAAGAGCAGGAUGCAGAGAAAGAAUUAACGGGAGCCGAUCAGCUUCAGCCAAGAGCAGAUGUACUUCCAACGCAAGAGGAAGAAGAGCUUAUGGCUCAGCAAGCACCUGAUUUAACUACCAUUAGAACGAGAAUGAUAGAAAUUGUCAAGGUUCUUGAGGAUUUUAAGAACCUGGGUGCUGAAGGACGUUCAAGAACAGACUAUACCGAUAGAUUGUUAAAGGAUAUUUGUGAAUAUUUUGGUUAUACCCCAUUUUUGGCAGAAAAGCUGUUUAACUUAUUCUCCCCAGCGGAGGCCUUAGAAUUUUUCGAGGCCAACGAGAUCUCUAGACCUAUUACAAUCAGAACAAACACUUUAAAAACGAGAAGAAGGGAUUUAGCGCAAGCGUUAGUAAAUAGAGGUGUUAACUUACAACCUAUUGGUCCCUGGACGAAGGUUGGUUUACAGAUUUUUGAUUCUCAAGUUCCCAUUGGUGCAACCCCUGAGUACUUAGCAGGUCAGUACAUUUUGCAAGCCGCUUCCUCCUUUUUACCUGUCGUUGCUUUGGAUCCACAAGAAAAUGAGCGUAUUCUUGAUAUGGCAGCUGCCCCGGGCGGAAAAACAACAUACAUUUCAGCAUUAAUGAAAAACACAGGAUGCGUUUUUGCAAAUGAUGCCAACAAGGCAAGAACCAAAUCUUUAAUUGCUAACAUUCAUCGUCUUGGCUGUACAAAUACUAUCGUUUGUAAUUAUGAUGCUCGUGAAUUUCCCAAGGUUAUAGGAGGUUUUGAUAGAAUUUUGUUGGAUGCGCCUUGCUCUGGUACUGGUGUCAUUGGUAAGGAUCAAUCGGUUAAGGUGUCACGUACUGAGAAAGAUUUCAUUCAAAUCCCUCACCUUCAAAAACAACUAUUACUUUCUGCCAUCGACUCAGUGGACUCUCACUCUAAGAGUGGUGGAAUAAUCGUUUAUUCGACGUGUUCGGUUGCAGUUGAAGAGGAUGAAUCCGUCGUCGAUUACGCAUUAAGAAAAAGGCCAAAUGUUAAACUAGUAGAAACUGGCUUACAAAUAGGUAAGGAAGGUUUCACAAGUUUCAGGGGUAAGAAGUUUCAUCCAAGUGUGAAAUUAACGAGAAGAUAUUAUCCACAUACUUAUAACGUCGAUGGGUUUUUUGUCGCUAAAUUUCAGAAGAUUGGCCCAUCACCUCAUGACGACAACCAAGCCACUCCAAGAGAAAAGGAACUCGCUGCAAGACAGGAAGCAUUGGAAGAAGGUAUAAUUCAUUCAGAUUUCUCGACUUUCAACGACGAGGAAGACAAGAAGUAUAUUCAGAAAUCUCAAAAGAACAGCUUAUUGAAGAAAGGUAUAAAUCCCAAAGCUGCGAAAUCUGAAAAGAAGUAG